AUGAGUAGUAUCAAAAACACGCGGGAUGGCUCGAACAAUGUUGCGACUAGAAGCUCAAGUGCUUCAUAUGCAGCUUCGGAAGAGUCCUUCUCCGGCGCAGCCCACGACAAAGAGAAGCAGAACGAUACCCCGGCAGAUAAGCUAACCAGGAUGCUAACAGGGCCUGCAAGAGAUACUGUGAGUCACGUCAGUGCCACUGUCUCUGAUAUGUCACCGGAUGUCGUAUCCAAAGUAGAAUCCUUCGCAGACGCCCUAUCCCGUCAUACCACAAGAAGCGGAGCCUUCAACAUGGACGCAGGCGGCGAUGACGGAUUCGACGCCCACGCCAUCUUUGAAAGUUUCGUAAGAGAUGCCGAUGAGCAAGGAAUCCAUAUUCGUAAGGCCGGAGUCACAAUAGAGAACAUCAGCGCCAAGGGUGUAGAUGCAAGCGCUCUAGAGGGUGCCACUUUCGGUAACAUAUUAUGCUUACCAUUAAGCAUCUUCAGAGGUAUCAAGGCCAAGAAACAUCAAAAAAUGAGAGAGAUCAUAUGCAACGUUAAUGCUCUAGCAGAGGCAGGUGAGAUGAUUUUGGUUCUUGGAAGGCCAGGCGCCGGUUGUUCCUCCUUUUUAAAAGUUACUGCAGGUGAGAUAGACCAAUUUGCUGGCGGUGUUUCGGGUGAUAUAGCAUACGACGGUAUCCCUCAAAAGGAGAUGAUGAAACGAUAUAAAGCGGAUGUUAUCUACAACGGUGAGUUAGAUGUUCAUUUUCCUUACUUGACGGUUAAACAAACUUUGGAUUUCGCUAUCGCUUGCAAAACGCCUGCUUUGAGAGUAAACAACGUUUCCAAAGAGGAGUACAUUGCAUCUAGAAGACAUUUAUAUGCCACAAUUUUCGGUUUAAGACAUACUUAUAACACUAAAGUCGGUAACGAUUUCGUUAGGGGUGUAUCUGGUGGUGAACGUAAACGUGUUUCUAUUGCCGAAGCCCUAGCCGCUAAGGGCUCCAUUUACUGCUGGGAUAAUGCCACAAGAGGUCUAGAUUCGUCCACAGCCCUGGAAUAUGCGAAGGCCAUCCGUAUUAUGACCAACUUAUUAAAGUCGACGGCAUUUGUUACAAUUUACCAAGCAAGUGAGAACAUUUACGAAACUUUUGAUAAGGUCACCGUCCUUUACUCAGGUAAACAAAUUUAUUUUGGUUUAAUUAAUGAGGCGAAACCAUAUUUUGCAAAAAUGGGUUAUUUAUGUCCUCCAAGGCAAGUUACUGCUGAAUUUUUAACAGCCUUAACAGAUCCAAAUGGGUUCCAUCUGAUCAAGCCGGGAUAUGAAAAUAAAGUUCCAAGAACAGCCGAAGAAUUCGAAACUUAUUGGUUAAAUUCUCCAGAAUUCGCUCAAUUAAGGAACGAUAUUGCUGCUUACAAUGAGAAAGUGAAUACCGAAAAGACAAAAGAGGUGUACAACGAAUCAAUGGCCCAAGAAAAAUCAAAAUUUACUAGGAAGAAAUCUUAUUAUACCGUCUCAUAUUGGCAACAAGUUAAUCUGUGUACUCAACGUGGAUUCCAGAGAAUCUACGGUAACAAGAGUUAUACAGUCAUCAAUGUCUGUGCCGCCAUUAUCCAGUCUUUUAUUACCGGCUCAUUAUUUUAUAAUACCCCUUCAUCUACAUCCGGUGCCUUUUCAAGAGGUGGUGUUUUGUAUUUUGCCCUUUUAUACUACUCUUUGAUGGGGCUGGCAAAUAUUUCCUUCGAACAUAGACCAAUCUUGCAAAAACACAAAGGUUAUUCCCUGUAUCAUCCUUCAGCAGAGGCCAUUGGUUCCACUCUAGCUGCAUUCCCCUUCCGCAUGAUUGGUUUAACAUGUUUUUUCAUCAUUUUAUUCUUCUUAUCAGGGUUGCAUAGAACAGCGGGAUCAUUUUUUACCAUCUAUUUGUUUUUAACCAUGUGUUCAGAGGCAAUAAAUGGUUUAUUUGAGAUGGUUUCUUCUGUGUGUGACACUCUUUCUCAGGCAAACUCUAUUUCCGGUAUUCUGAUGAUGUCCAUCUCCAUGUAUUCUACCUACAUGAUCCAAUUACCAUCAAUGCACCCAUGGUUCAAAUGGAUAUCUUACGUUUUACCUAUCAGGUAUGCUUUCGAGUCUAUGUUGAAUGCGGAAUUUCAUGGAAGACACAUGGAUUGUGCUGACACUUUAGUGCCCAGUGGAGGAAACUAUAGUAGCUUAUCUGAUGACUACAAAGUGUGCGCUUUUGUUGGUUCGAAACCAGGCCAGUCUUAUGUGCUUGGUGAUGACUACUUGAAAAAUCAAUUUCAGUAUGUUUAUAAACAUACUUGGAGAAACUUUGGUAUCCUGUGGUGCUUCCUAAUAGGUUAUAUCGUCUUAAAAGUUGUAUUCACAGAAUACAAGAGACCAGUGAAAGGCGGCGGUGAUGCUCUUAUCUUUAAGAAGGGAUCAAAGAGGUUUGUCGCGCCCGUGGAUGAGGAAUCUCCAGACAAUAUCAAUGAUAUAGAUGCCAAGGAGCAAUUCUCCAGUGAAAGUAGCGGUGCGAAUGAUGAAGUGUUUGAUGAAUUAGAGGCCAAGGGUGUUUUUAUUUGGAAGGAUGUGUGUUUUACGAUCCCGUAUGAGGGUAGCACAAGAAUGCUUUUGGACAAUGUCUCAGGGUACUGUGUUCCAGGUACUAUGACCGCCUUGAUGGGCGAAUCAGGUGCUGGUAAGACAACCUUGUUAAAUACCCUUGCUCAAAGAAAUGUUGGUAUCAUCACUGGUGACAUGCUUGUCAAUGGUCGUCCCAUUGAUGCAAGUUUUGAAAGACGUACAGGUUAUGUUCAACAACAGGACAUUCAUAUCGCAGAGUUGACUGUCAGAGAAUCAUUACAGUUUUCUGCUCGUAUGCGUCGUCCACAACGUUUACCUGAUUCUGAAAAAAUGGAAUACGUAGAGAAGAUCAUUAGGGUUUUAGGCAUGGAAGAAUAUGCCGAGGCCCUUGUUGGUGAGGUUGGCUGUGGUUUGAAUGUUGAACAAAGAAAGAAACUGUCUAUUGGUGUCGAAUUGGUCGCUAAACCAGACUUGCUGUUAUUCCUUGAUGAGCCUACAUCAGGUCUAGAUUCUCAAUCCUCAUGGGCUAUUAUCCAAUUAUUGAGAAAACUAUCUAAAGCUGGUCAGUCCAUUCUUUGUACAAUUCAUCAACCUUCGGCUACUCUGUUCGAAGAGUUCGACAGAUUGCUGCUUUUGAAAAAGGGUGGACAAACUGUUUAUUUUGGAGAUAUUGGUAAAAACUCUGCCGCAAUCCUGGGCUAUUUUGAACAAAACGGAGCAAGAAAAUGUGAUCACGAUGAAAAUCCUGCUGAGUAUAUCUUAGAAGCUAUUGGUGCAGGUGCCACUGCAUCCGUCAAGGAGGACUGGCAUGAAAAAUGGUUAAACUCUCCCGAAUAUAAACAGUCACAAGACAAAGUACAGGAAUUGAUCAACGAUUUAUCGAAACAGGAAACCAAAUCCGAAUUUGGGGAUCAACCUUCCAAAUAUGCUACCUCUUACAUUUAUCAGUUCAGAUACGUUUUAAUCAGAACGUCCACUUCAUUUUGGAGAAGUUUGAACUAUAUCAUGUCAAAGAUGAUGUUAAUGAUGGUUGGCGGUUUAUAUAUUGGUUUCACGUUUUUCAACGUUGGUAAGAGCUAUGUCGGCUUACAAAAUGCCAUGUUUGCCGCAUUUAUCUCCAUUAUCUUGUCUGCACCUGCAAUGAAUCAAAUUCAAGCUCGUGCAAUUGCAUCCAGGGAGCUUUUCGAGGUCAGAGAAUCCCAGUCUAACAUGUUCCAUUGGUCGCUAGUAUUGAUUACUCAGUAUUUGAGCGAACUUCCAUACCACUUACUUUUCUCGACUGUUUUCUUCGUUUCUUCGUAUUUCCCAUUAAGAAUUUUUUUUGAAGCUUCAAGAUCUGCAGUAUACUUUUUGAACUACUGUAUUAUGUUCCAAUUAUACUACGUUGGUCUUGGUCUGCUAAUCCUAUACAUGUCACCAAACCUACCAUCCGCAAAUGUUAUCUUAGGUUUAUGUCUGUCAUUUAUGCUUUCCUUUUGCGGUGUUACACAACCUGUCUCAUUGAUGCCUGGCUUCUGGACUUUCAUGUGGAAGGCUUCCCCAUACACAUAUUUUGUUCAAAACUUGGUCGGCAUAAUGCUGCACAAGAAACCAGUCGUGUGCAAAAAGAAAGAAUUGAACUACUUCAACCCACCAAAUGGCUCGACAUGCGGUGAGUACAUGAAACAAUUUUUAGAAAAAUCUACAGGUUAUAUUGAAAACCCUGACGCUACUUCUGAUUGUGCAUACUGUAUUUAUGAGGUUGGUGAUAACUAUUUGACACAUAUUAGCUCCAAGUAUAGCUAUCUGUGGAGAAACUUUGGAAUAUAUUGGAUUUACAUUUUCUUCAAUAUCAUUGCUAUGAUUUGCGUAUACUACCUCUUUCAUGUAAGACAAUCUUCCUUUCUGAGUCCAGCAUUUAUUAUAAAGAAAAUCAAAAACGCAAGAAAAAAAAAGCAGUAA